CCGCGGAAGUCCUGGAUAAAGCCAAGAUAGUCUGUUCAGACACAAAUGCAAGAGGAGCGUAUGCUUCCUGCCCAGGAGGUACUGUCCCUGUCUCAUGCGCCUGUGGGAUGGGGUGUGGCUCCUGGGAUAUCCAGGCAUCAUCAACAUGUCACUGUCAGUGCGGAAAUAUGGACUGGACCACCGCGCGGUGCUGUAAUCUGUCGCCUAAAUAGGGAACCAUCUAGGCGUACAUGAUCAACUUAUACAUAAUGUAUAUUUAGAUGUAAUGUCUGUAUAUGUCUAUUGUUUUAUUUGAUGUCAUAUUUACUCUUCAGUGAAUCAUAAAAGUUUCACUUAAAUUAAUAA